CUUCCUAGUAAUGUUAUGCACGUACGGACAUGUGUUGCAGGCGAAUCGAUAGCACUUCUGUCCUUCCUCUACAAUCAACACAUUCCCACAUGUUGGACAAAACAGAAGCAUAUUCUUUUGACUAAAUUGGUCAGCACCGAUCUCACAAUGUAGCUAGGUUUGUACAUCUAUUUCAAUCAUUUAUCUAAAUUACAAAAUCCCUGACAACGUUGUUGACCUCCACGCUCGUGUAAAAACGUUGUUACAUCUAAAAAGGUUCGUGUAAAUGAUGGGGGAGGAGACCCAGUCCCUUCACCUGGAUGAGGGACUGUCUAUCAAGAAAGAGGAGUUCGGACAGGCAGAGGGAAAGAUGAACCAAGUGGAGGAUGAAAAACCAGAGGAGGUUGAAGAGGAAGAUGAGGAGGAGGAUGAAGAAGCAUUACCACACUCUGAAUUCCUGGAUAUCUUUGAAGAAGGACUGGCUCGCCUUGUACAGGACCCUCUACUCUGUGACCUUCCCAUUCAGGUGACUCUGGAGGAGGUGAAUUCCCAGGUUGCCCUGGAGUAUGGCCAAGCCAUGACGGUCCGUGUAUGCAAAGCGGAUGGUGAAGUAAUGCCCAUAGUGGUGGUGCAGAAUGCUAUGGUGCUGGAUUUGAAGAAAGCCAUCCAGAGGUUCAUGGAGCUGAAACAGCAAAGGGAGGGUGGGGUAAAGCACGUCAGCUGGGGAUACGUAUGGAGAACCUUUCAUCUUGUAUUUCAAGGAGAGAAGCUUGAUGAUGACAAAAUGAAACUAAAGGAUUAUGGGAUCAGAAACAGAGAUGAGGUGACAUUCAUGAAGAGACUGAGGAAGAAGUGAAACGGAGAUUUCACUACCGUGUGGAGUCCUGCCUACUCUGUGAGUUGCCUGCUCAGUCCCCGUUGCUUCAUGUACAGCAACUAUAGUCAUACACUGACAUGACUCAGUUGAUGUCUAAAAGGUUUUUCAAUGGACAUCUCAAACGUUUUUUUACAUGUUGUAGAUAUGAUUGUGUAGGAAUGUUUCGUACGGUCUCCAUUUUUUAUUGUUUGGACAUAUUCUCUUGUCCUCUUGUACAGUAAUAUUGUGCCACUUCAAAUAUGAAUAAAGGCUACAGUGCAACCAAAA